AUGGAGGACCUCACAAACACGCUCGUGACCCUCGGCCUCGACAAGGUCCCGCAACAACCGAAUACAUAUCCCGCGCUGAACCCAUUCGACAUCUACAGGAGCCAUAUCACAGAGCUAUUGUCUCAAGUGUCGGGCGUAGAUAAGCACGUAAUAUACCCAACACUGGCAUGGACCGCGAAACCAGAGCACGGCGACUUGCAGCUGGCGGUGCCCGCGCUCCGACUCAAGAAGAAGGACAUGAAGGCUUUCGCCCAGGAACUAGCUGACCAGUUCCCCGAGUCACCCCUCGUGAAGAAGCCUGUGGUUACCAACACUUCCAUCGGCUUCUUCUUCAAGCCCGAAACGCUCACAUCAAUCGUCUUGCCCAUGGUGCUCAAGUCUGGGCCGAGUUACGGCUUCAACAAGAAUCUCGGCCUCAAGAACCCGCUAGAUCCCUCGUCCGGCGCGAAGAAGAUGAUCGUCGAGUUCAGUUCACCCAACAUUGCAAAACCCUUUCACGCUGGUCAUCUCCGAAGUACAAUCAUUGGCGGCUUCCUUGCAAACCUGUACGAGGGCGCAGGAUGGGACGUCGUGCGCAUGAACUACCUUGGAGAUUGGGGAAAGCAAUAUGGUGUGCUUGCAAUUGGCUUCGACCUGUUCGGCAACGAAGAAGAGCUAGUCAAGAACCCCAUUGGGCAUCUUUACGAUAUCUAUGUCAAGGUCAGCAGCAUUCAGCAUGACGAGGCAGAGCAAGUCAAAGCGCUCAAGGCCGAGGUCGCCAAGUUGCAAGAGGAGGGCAAGGAUGCUUCCGAGGAGGAGGCGAAGAUCAAGAAGAUUGGGGUUGAGGGAAUCGAUGAGCAAGCUAGGAAGUACUUCAAGGGCAUGGUGGAUGGCGAGCCCAAGGCAAUCGGUCUCUGGAAGCGCUUCAGGGACCUUUCCAUCGAGAAGUAUAAGCAGACGUAUGGUCGACUGAACAUUCGGUACGACGACUACAGCGGAGAGUCGCAAGUCAAGGACGAGAGCAUGGACCUCGCCGCCAAGAUCAUGUGGGAGAAGAAAGUAUGCGAGGACUCAGAAGGCGCCGUCAUCGUAGACCUCACAUCGCACUCGAAGAAGCUCGGCAAGGCAGUUGUCAAGAAGAAGGACGGCACUUCGCUAUACCUGACUAGGGAUAUCGGCGCCGCGAUUGAGCGUGUUGACAAGUAUCACUUUGAUCGAAUGAUCUACGUCGUCGCCUCACAACAGGACUUGCACCUAGCUCAGCUCUUCAAGAUCGAGGAACUCAUGGGCAGGAAAGAUAUUUCGGACAAGUGCCAGCACAUCAACUUUGGCAUGGUCCUCGGAAUGAGCACCCGAAAGGGCACCGCCAAGUUCCUUGACGACAUUCUCCGCGACGUCGGUGACAAGAUGCACGAAGUCAUGAAGAGCAACCAGUCGAAAUACGAACAAGUCCAGGAUCCUGAAAAGACGGCUGAUACCCUAGGAAUCUCUGCUGUCAUGGUCCAGGACAUGAAGGGCAAGCGCAUUAACAACUACACCUUCGACAUGGACCGCAUGACGUCGUUUGAAGGCGACACAGGCCCUUACCUUCAGUACGCACACGCGCGUCUCUGCUCCAUCUACCGGAAAGCCGUCACGGCCGACCCCAGCUUAGAACAAUUCGAUCUCACCUCGGCUGAUCUCUCCCUCCUCAGGGAACCCCAUGCCAUCGAGUUGGUUAGGCAGUUGGCUUCGUGGCCGGACACGUUCUCCAAUACGCUGAAGACGCAGGAGCCGACGACGGUGCUGACAUACCUGUUCAAGAUGGCGCAUGCUUUGUCAAGCAGCUACGAUCAUCUGCAAGUCGUCGGAUCAGAGAAGAGUGUCAUGGUAGCUCGGUUGGCGCUUUAUGUCGCGGCCAGGCAGGUGUUAAAUAAUGGAAUGAGGGUGCUUGGUUUGAGCCCCGUGGAGAGGAUGUAA